GGACACAAGGAUCUGUACAAGGAGGCCAUGAUGGAGGAGCACCAGCCUCUUAUAUCACAAGAAAUUCCAAGUAAGAAUUCCGAGGAAAACUUCAUGUUGUUACGAAAUUAUAAAGUAAUAGACGAAGAUAUAAUGCAGCACUCUUCAAGAGAAAACCUUAAUUUACAUGCAGGACUUCACAGUACAGAAUUAUCAUAUAAUGAGGAACCUUUACCUGAACAAUCGCACGUUGUUAUCUCAGCUCAGAAAGGGGGUAAAAGACUUCAGUGUGGUAAACAGUUCACAAAAAGCUUGGACCUUUCUACACAAAGAAGAACUCACACAGAGGAGAAGCCAUACUCCUGUUCAGAAUGUGGGAAGUGCUUCACAUAUAAAUCAAAUUGUAUUAUUCAUGAGAGACGUCACACAGGAGAGAAGCUGUUUUCAUGUUCAGAAUGUGGAAAUACUUUUAUCCAAAAAUCUGAUCUUGUUAACCAUGAGAGAAUUCACAUAGGAGAGAAACUAUAUUCAUGUUCAGAAUGUGAGAAAUGUUUUGCACAAAAAUCAGAUCUUUAUAAUCAUCAAAGAAUUCACACAAUAGACAAACCAUAUUUAUGUUUAGAAUGUGGGAAAUGUUUUACACGAAGCACAAAUCUUAUUGCACAUGAGAGAAUUCACACAGGAGAGAAGCCAUAUUCAUGUUCAGAAUGUGGGAAAUGCUUUACAAAUAAAUCCGAUCUUGUUAAACAUCAUAGAUUUCACACAGGAGACAAACCAUAUUCAUGUCCAGAAUGUGGGAAAUGUUUUUCACGGAACUCAAAUCUUAUUGUACAUGAGAGAAUUCACACAGGAGAGAAGCCAUAUUUAUGUUCAGAAUGUGGGAAAUGUUUUACAAAUAAAUCAAGUCUUAUUAAACAUCAUAUAAUUCACACAGGAGACAAACCAUAUUCUUGUUCAGAAUGUGGGAAAUGUUUUACACGGAAAUCACAUCUUGUUGCACAUCAGAGAUUACACACAGGAGACAAACCAUAUUAUGAAAAUGACUAUUCAUCUUACUCCCGAAAGAAGGCUAUCUGUUCAGAAUUCAGCCCGCUCUCUCUCAGUACCUCGGAAGGUAACCAUUCGUACUUUGAUGAGAAUUUCCUGCAGGAUGGUCUGGAUAAAGGGUUGUCACCUUCGACCCUCAGAGUGCAAGCUUCUGCGAUCUCGGCCUGUCUCAACAGGUACAUUUCUCAAGAACCCCUUAUCAAGAGGUUCCUUAGGGGAGCUUCAAGGUUAAAGCCUACGAUAAUUAAACCUAUCCCGCUAUCAGCAAAACGAGUUGGGGAACUCCAAGCUUUUUCUGCUUUUGAGCCGUACACCAUGUUCCUGCAAGAUCGGGUGCUGCUCAAGUUUUUACCGACCUUUAUUCCAAAAGUGCCUUCAUUCAGCAACAUCAACCAGGUGAUUUCUCUUCCAGUUUUGGCUCCUCUCCCCUCCUCAGAAGAAAGGGGGCUCCAUACCCUCGACGUUUCAAGAUGUCUGAGGAUUUACCUGGAACGGUCCAAGGUAUUUAGGAAGGAUGAAAACCUCCUUAUCAUUUUUUCCGAUACCCACAAGGGUAGGAAGGCCUCUAAGCCCUCCAUUAGUCGAUGGAUUAAAGAGGCAAUUCGGGAGUCUUAUGUGUCUCGAGGCUCGGAGCCCCCUGAGUUUAAGGACCUGUACAAGGAGGCCAUGAUGGAGGAGCACCAGCCUCUUAUAUCACAAGAAAAUCCCAGUAAGAAAUGUGAAAAUGUCAUGUUACCACUAGAUGAAGAUAUCCUGCAGCGCUCUUCAGGAGAAAACCUCAUUACCCUUAAUGUACAUCCAGGACUUCACAGUACAGAUCUGUCAUAUAAUCCUCCUAAUUAUGAGGAACCUUCUCCGGACCAAUCACAGAUUGUUACCGCAAGUACAAGUCAGAAAGGGAUUAAAUGGUUUAAUUGUGAUAAAGAAUCCACAAACAGCUCAGGACUUUCUACACACCGAAGACGACACAAAGGAGAGAAAAUGUAUUCAUGUAUAGAAUGUGGAAAAUGUUUUACACGGAAAUCAUAUCUUGUUUUACAUGAGAGAAUUCACACUGGGGAAAAGCCAUAUUCAUGUUCAGAAUGUGGGAAAUGUUUUACACAGAAAUCCAAUCUUGUUAUACAUGAGAGAAGUCACACAGGAGAGAAGCCAUAUUCAUGUUCAGAAUGUGGGAAAUGUUAUACACAUAAAUCCAAUCUUGUUAUACAUGAGAGAAGUCACACAGGAGAGAAGCCGUAUUCAUGUUCAGAAUGUGAGCAAUGUUUUACACGGAAAUCAUAUCUUGUUUACCAUGAGAGAAGUCACACAGGAGAGAAGCCAUAUUCAUGUUCAGAAUGUGGGAAAUGUUUUAUACAGAAAUCAGAUCUUUUUAUACAUGAAAAAUAUCACACAGGAGAGAUGCCAUAUUCAUGUUCAGAAUGUGGGAAAUGUUUUCCACAGAAAUCCAAUCUUGUUACACAUGAGAGAAUUCACACUGGUGAAAAGCCAUAUUCAUGUUCAGAAUGUGGGAAAUGUUUUACACAGAAAUCAUAUCUUGUUUACCAUGAGAGAAUUCACUCUGGGGAAAAGCCGUAUUCAUGUUCAGAAUGUGGGAAAUGUUUUACACAGAAAUCAGAUCUAGUUAAACAUAAGAGAAUUCACACAGGAGAGAAGCCAUAUUCAUGUUCAGAAUGCGGGAAACGUUUUUCAGAUAAAUCAAGUCUUCUAAAACAUAAGAGGAAUCACACAGGAGAGAAGCUGCAUUCAGAAUAAGAAAAAUGUUUUUGCUUCUAAAGCCAUAAUUAGGGGUCAUUAGUGAAGUCACACAAGAGAGAAGCCAUAUGGCCACAAUAUAAUGAAACAAUAUAUCACUGGGUCAUAGACAUUGUUUUCAUUUCAGGUUAUAUAUUUGGAUAUAAAAGCUUAAUAGAUGUUGCAUAACGGCUUCUAUAAAACAUCUAAUAAAUCCUGUUUAGG